AUGCGUGCGACGGCGGAGGCGGGCGGGGAGUGGGCGCGGGACGGGCAGCGGGUAGAGGGCGGAGGGCGAGGGGGAGGGGGGGAGGGCGGAGCGCUGGGCGGCGUGGGGCGGAAAGAGAGAUGGACGACGCGAGGUGAGCGCUGUGGGGAGCUACGGGGUGACGGCGGGAUGGCGGGAUGGCGGGAUGGCGGGAUGGGGGGAUGGCGGGAUGGGGGGAUGGCGGGAUGGGGGGAUGGCGGGAUGGGGGGAUGGCGGGAUGGGGGGGUGGCGGGAUGGGGGGUUGGCGGGAUGGCGGAAUGGCGGGAUGGCGGAAUGGCGGGAUGGCGGAAUGGCGGGAUGGCGGAAUGGCGGGAUGGCGGAAUGGCGGGAUGGCGGAAUGGAAGCGUGGUUGGUGGUGGUGGUUUGGACGAUCACGUGCCGUGGAUGUUGGUCUGCCCGUGGCGGCGUGGGCGUGUGCGCGGCUGGGCGAGCCCAAGAGGCGCUGAUGAGGCGAGCCGUGCUGGCAGUGGCAGUGCGCUGCCUUCAUCUGCAUGUUUCCCCCCCGUGGCGGCGUGGGCGUGUGCGCAGCUGGGCGAGCCGAAGAGGGGGCUGAUGAGGCGAGCCGUGCAUGCACUGGGAGGAGACGCCGUCAGGGGCAUGGUGGCGGAGGUGGACGCGGUGCAGCGGUGUGGAGGGCAGCUGACGGCGGACGGCAAGAGGCACCGCACUCCGGGAGGCGUGUUCUGGAACAUUCUGAGGGCGCGAGUCAGCGCUGACGUGUACAGCGAGAUCAUGGCCGAGGAGAGAGAGUUGCAGAAGCGAAGAGAGCGAGGGCAGGCAAGCAAGAAGAGGAGGAGGCAGCACAAGGGAGGAGAGGCCGUUGGUGGGUCAGAUUAUGGAGGCACCGCUGCUUGUGGCGGUGGUGACAGGGAGGGCACGGAAGCCAUGAGCCUCUCUCUUGACGGCUGCACUCGUGAUGAUGCGUGGCCACAUGCUGCUGACGUUGCGGCUGCUGCUGCUGACGUGGCACAGGGUCCUGGAGCCAGGUGGCGAGUAAGCAGUGGCGUUUGUGUACAAGGGGAUAGCAGACAGCGCUUGGAGCAUGGUGUGACGGUGGGGGAAGGGGGCAUGGCGGAAGGUAGGGGUGUAGAAGAAGGUGCGGCUGGAUGUGGGAGGGGGGAUGGCAGUGUGAGGCAGGUGCUGCAUGCAUGGCGGAGUGCCGUCAUGGCUGGUAAGGGCAAGGGCGCUGGGGAGGGGUGGGAAGAGGGCGAGGAGGGCGAGUGGAUAGCUGGCGAGUAUGCCACUGCUAGCGUGGGCGUGCCUGAUGGGGACGCUGGGCUGAAGGCAGGUGACGUGGCCAAUGGUGUGGAUGACGCGGCUGAUGGUGUUGGUGACGUGGCUGAUGGUGUGGCUGACGUGGCCAAUGGUGUUGGUGACGUGGCUAAUAAUGAGGCCGGGAUUCACGAGAGGGAAGGCGAGGAGGAUCCAAUGGAGGUGGAUGGUGAGGGGGAGGAGGCGGGGUGUGUGGGUGUGCCUCCUUGUGUGGGGGAACAGUGUGAGAUUGAUCAGAGGAAAGAAGGGGUUGAGGCACAUGCAGGUGUGAGCAGCAGUGUGGGCGGUGGCGCCUCAGGGCUUGCAGCUCUGUCAAGCAUUGGCAUGGAGAGUGGUGGCACAUGUGAGGCGGCAACACUGCCAGGCAUGCUCAAGGCACAGGGGGGAGAACAUAGAGUGUCUGUGAAGCAGCGGCUGCGAGUGCCAGUCAAGUAUGAUGACGUGCCCGGCACAGUAGGGGAAGUGGUGGAAGGCUCUGCCAUGUGA